AUGUCUCAUCCACAGUCCAUUGGGUUGUCCACUAUUUCCGGCGUGACAGAAUUUGCAGACAACCACAACCCUCAUCUGACCUCUUCAGUCUUACAAGUGUCGUCUACUCCAGUGGGAGAUGAUCGCUCCUUGGCUAACUCGGGCUACUUGCCGGUACAUCAAGCAUCAGUCCCAGUCGAUUCUGAACUUGAGCACACGCCCAAGUCUAAAGAAGACAUCAGGUUAUCAAUGCAAGACACCUCCGUCCCAGAAACUAUUUCGUCCGCCGAUAAUCUUCCCGGUGCGCUCACUGUGAUUGCCAAAGCACCGGGGCGAAAAGCCGACAUGGUCAUAGCUCCAACCUGCAUAUCAUACGCCUUGGAAUCAGAAGGGGAUGGGAAUCAAGACCCAGACACUGCUGACUUGGCAAUGCGUUUGAGGGGUGGCGGUAUUUGUGAGGGGGAUUGUGUUGCUCGGACAAGACAUGGGGACACCACAUCGGAGAGGAUUAUAUCACUACAAGAUGAUAAUGGGAAUGCAUUGAGAGUUUCAAUCCAGGAAUCUAUGGGAACAACUGUUUUUGGCGGACCGAACCCGUGA